CCAUCACUUGCAGAAGUUUGGCGUGCAAUGUUGCAGCCUUCACCCAUCAUCCCCUCAACUGUCCAGCAGCGCUUGGCGGCCAAGAACAUUCAGAUUCAUCCCCACUGGACUGAGCAGUGCAUCAACUACCUUCGAACAAGAUCUCCAAUAUCCCUAACCGACAGUGAUCUAGUGGACGGUAUCCUCGAACAGUAUCUUCACACAGAUUUGCGCGAGGUUGGACUGCCCGUUCUGCCUCCAAGGAUAACAGAGGCGCAUAAAGUUGUGGUGGGUCGACCUAAGGGCAUUGUCUUGCAAGUCAUUGAUGUGCAUGAGGUCGGCGUCUCAGCAAACUCCAUGCUCGAGCUUAUCUUGGACUUCAAGCCAAAGAAAGGAGAGCCACCACGACCACAGCACAGCAGCCUUCAAAUUCCAAGGAAAAUGCUUCGCUUACAGUUAACGGACGGCGUGCAGGAGGUCCCAGCCAUGGAAUGCGCUUUACUCCCAGGAAUAUCGGUGGAGAGCAUGUUAGGCGUUAAGGUUGUCGUAACAAAUGCAACAAUUCGCCAAGGCGUCAUUAUGCUUGAGCCGCAGAACUUCUCGAUCCUUGGCGGCUAUGUGGCAAGCAUGAACGUUGACGAGCCGUUAGUGAGGUUGGAGAAAAAAUGCAAGGCAUUUUUGAACAUUGAAUAUGAAGCGCCACAACGCACAGACUCGAUACCCACCCGAAAUGAUGGAUCUGCACCAGAUCGCCAGGGCGAAGCAACAGUUGCGGGAUCGGAAUCGUAUCGAAUCCUAUCUUCCGUGGACAAUCGGCAUCCCCGGGGUCAAUCAACAGAGGGCGCCCAGUCGCUUCGGCCUGAUGCAAGUAUUGCACACCCAGGUGUUACUGCUCACUCGGCCAAGGACGAGGAUGCUAAACUGGAGGACUUCCCCUUCGACGACGAUGAUUUCGACUUGGAUGCUUUUGAUUUCGAUCUGGGAGACGUUGACGUUUUGCUGCAAGAAGAGGCUGGCUAUUCUGCAAUCCAGAGCAAUUCAAAUGUGCUUUCUCUCUGCAGCAUUAAGGACGAAAAGUUCCCUCAGUUGAUUGACCUGACAUCCGAUGGGGCGAUACCACCAAUCUCCAAUAGGCAAAAUGAUAGUGGUGUGCCGGCACAGACUCGCACAGAUUUGAAACCCGCGAGUAUCGCACCAACGAGUGUUGGAGCGAUUGAGAUGAAACAAGAAGGACGACUCAAUUCAUCACAUUCCUCCCCAUCAGGCUUUUCUGUAUUCAAAGAGCUAUCGACACGACAGCGAUUGUCACAUCCUCAUGAGUUACAAUCCCCACCGAAUCAGCUUGGCGAUAACGAGUCCUCGUCGCCAGCCAAAAAACCGCGGCUCUCCUCUCCGAAUCGUCCGAACCUGAUACAGCCCGCGACAGCACCACCGCGUCUAGGGUACUUGUGCAAUAUUGAAACAAUAGUAGCUAGUAGGUCUCACACUCGGAUACAUGUUAAGGCACACAUCGACAACUGGGAAACACUACGACUCCAGCGAUCCGGAUAUUCGUUGAUUGUGGUGAUUGAUGAUGGAACAAGUCUAGUGCGAGCAGGCCUAGCGAACCAUCUGAUCGAGGGUUUCUUUGGACUCAGUGCUAGUGAAGCAAAAAAGAGGAAACAAGCUGAUGGAUAUGAUACUCUGAGCGAGGCGGUUAAUCGUUUCUCUCAGUUCCUGAAAGAUUUGGAUUGUGUGCUGGAACUCGACUUGUCAGCAUGUAGGGCAAGGAACAGUCAACAAGGUUCUUCUGGUAGUGCUUUGGAUGACAACCUCCCAGAGGUGGUGGCUUUCAUAUCAGAUAAUGCUGACAUAUUACGAGGAAUGCUUCGCUAAUUGCGAUAUGUCUUGUGAAGUCAUUAAGUCAAUCGUAGAUACAAAAUUCAGUCUCUAUCUUCAGUUCAACAGGUG